AACGGAGGCGAUGAAGGGGACAGGCGCCACAAGAGCACUAACAAUGGCGCUGCUACACACCUUCCUUACACUCCUGGCGGUCCUCGCCCUCUGCUGGGGCCAGGACACCUUCGACAAGAUCCUCAGCAACGUGACGUCGUGUGAGGAGGUGUGCACCAAGUCCUACUCCCCUCACACCAACCCUGACUCGACUGAUAAUGUUGCUUGCAGCCGAGGCUGCCGUUUCUACUCGAUCAAUGAGUUUGUGUUGGAUGACCAGCCCGACCAUGGGAAUGCAGUUGAUGGCAGUGAUGCACACCCAAUCAAGACCGCCUGCUACAAUGCAUGUGUGGAAUCCUACAACGAGACAUCACCUAAUACAGCAGCGUGCAGGUUUGGGUGUGAUUCCCAAGAGAAAGUGUCUGCAGAUACAAAGAAGAACAAGGGUGAUGAUGGUCCCUCUAUACAUCUGCUGAGUCCACUGAUGCAAGUUCAUGCAGUGUACUCCUCCUUUGUUGGUGCUGUCCACAUUGUCCGCUCUUCACUGGUCACCUACUUUUUGAGCGAUGAUCGCUCUAUUGUGGCAGUUGAAUCUGAACCCAAACUCAUGAUGGAGGUGAUUUCUGAGGAGGAAGACGAGCCGCCACUAGAGCUGCAGCAACGGGCCCGAGAGCUAAAUGUGGAGGGAGGUGAAGAUCCAUCAGUAGUGCACUGUGUGUCUCGACGCCUUGGAGUGCCCCCUUACCUGCUGGUGGCCUCUGUCCUGGUCUUGGUCCUCUUCACCCUGUAUGUAAUCUUCGCAGUCUGCAGCACAGCCUCUCCCCCCAAGGCCAAAGGCUAUACACAGAAUGGACUGAGUGUGCAAGCUGAUCCUAUGACACUGCCAAUUAAAGUGGUGCGACCAGAGGAUCUGACCCGACUCAGCUUUACGGACGAGGAAGAUAUGCAGGCUCCAGCAUUACCCACCAAGGUCAAGCUGCCCGAUUCUAUCAUCUAGCUACAGCUUUGAAAACUGCCAGCAUAGCUAAUAUAUGCAGUGUGUACUUUGAUGAUUUAAUUUGUUGACAAUUAGAAUUGGUUUAUCAGUAUUUUUCAUCUCUUGAGUUUGUGUUGGUGUCACUGCUUAUCAUGUUUGUCAAUUCAUUUAUUUAACUGUGUAAAAUAGUCUGCCUCAUGUUUCAUGUUGUGGGAACACGGUAAUUAAGUUCAUGCAUGUGUACAACCCCUGCCCCCCCCCUCCCUUCCCCAGAUAAAAAAGUAACUUAAGAAUGUAUUCAUGUUCUUCAUAUAAUGGAUUACUGUAAUUUCUCUUCUUAUCAAUUAUAUAUUUUACAGUUUUUUUUUUUGCUGUAAAACUGCAGUAUUAUGUAAAACCUUUGUACCUAUUUGCAUUCCUGGUAAAACAUCUGUAACUGUUCAGAAAGUUUAUGAAGUUAGUUUAUCCUCAGUUAAGGUUUUAAAAUGUUAACUACAUUUGGUUUUUCUUAUCUGUUUUGCAUUUAGAAAUUCUAAACUAGUUUUGAGCUAUUAGAUUGUUUGCUUGGACCAAUCAGGUUAACUGUUAUUACAUUAGAUCUUAAACAAUUUUCAAGUGUGGUUUAAAAUUAAUUAACUUGAAAGGAUUUUUGGCUUUGCUCAAGUGAUGUACCAUUUUGAUAUAAAAGUUUAGUAUGUGCAAGUGUAUCCUUGCUGAACUUGACUAAUGGUGUUUAAUGUAGUUUUUCAUGAUUGCCAUUAUGCUACACUAAGACAUGUUAUUGAGAAUGUCUUAAGCUUAUGUGUUGGAUAUUUCUAAUUGAGUAUAAACCUGAACUAGUUACUGUUACCAAAGGUAGUUUAUCAGAGUAUAUAUUUAUACUGGAUGUGCCAUUUUAUUUGGUGGUCUGAUUUAAGUUCUUAAUAUGUUGUGGAUUUGCUACACAAUAAAACAACUACUUAUAA